AUGAUUGAUGACUGCGGUUUAGUGGAUUUCCCGAGCCAUGGAAACAUAUUAUCAUGGAGAGGGAGGAGGUGGGGAAAGAUUGUUCGGUGUCGAUUGGAUAGAGCAUUAGCCACUGAAGAUUGGCAUGACACUUUCCCGAAGUCACACGUAGAGUAUUUGAAGAUGAUAGGAUCGGACCACCGACCUAUUCUGGCUACAAUAGACAACAAAAUCCCAAAGGGUAGACGGCAGUUUCGUUUUGACAAACGUUGGAUUGGGCAGAAUGGUUUCUCGGAGGCAGUUGAACGUGGUUGGAAGAACAAUCCGAAUAAUCGGGAAUCAAAAUUAGUAGAUAUGAUUGGUAAUUGCCGGUAUGAGAUCUCCCAAUGGAGACAUGAAAACAAACCAUAUGGUAAGGAUAAAAUUGUGGAGCUGCAGAAACUUUUGGAAGAUGUCCAGAAUGACGAUAACCGGAUCCAAGAGGAACUAGUGGAUAUUACACACAAUUGA